AUGUUGCAGCAACAAUUACAGCUUCAUAUUGGAUCAGUUUCUCCUCAUUUGAUGAAUCAAUUACACCAACAGCAUAGACUGCAUCAUCCUGUUCAGCGAUCUGCAGGCUACUUGUCAGGAUUCCAGUCCCAUUUAUUUAACCCCCACCUUUCCUCUAGCUCAUCCGUCAGUAGCAAGUAUGAUCAUAGACCAAAAUCAACUCAAAAUGCUAAGCACAGUCAUCGUUUAUCCCAUCAGGGUUCUAAUGCCAGUAGCCAGAAGAGUGAGAGCAGUUCAUUACAGUUUCGCUCCAAGUAUAUGACAAGUGAUGAAAUUGAGAGUAUUCUUAGAUUGCAGCUUGCUGUCACUCAUAGUAAUGAUCCAUACAUAGAUGACUAUUACCACCAAGGUCGUCUUGCAAAAAAAACCUUCUGUGGCAAACCAACAUGUUUGAAAGCUGCCUGGGAAUUGAUGGAAAUAUUUUAUGUGGACAAGCAAUCUCAAGCAUGGCUGCCUGAAAGGCUUGUUGAUUGGUUAGCUGACUAUGAUAGCCUCUUUACCAGUACACAGGAAACAAUUCAUGGCAAGCUUGUGGAUUUUCAGAAUGAUCUUGUCAACAUACAGGUGAUUGAAGAUGAUCCUAGAUAUUGGGAAGUGAUGUCAUCUGCAUUGUCAGUUGGUUGGCUAGAUAUAGUGGUGAAAAUGCUGCGGUUACACGGGUCUUACCAAUUAGAUCAACUCAGCUACCGUGAGUUAGAAAAUGGACUGGUGGAGGCAGUCGCUGUUCUUAUUUCCAAAAUGCCUCGAUUACGUCAUGAAUCAGCUGUUGGAAAUUUAGGAGAUUGUUUUAAAUCCAAACCCGACUUUAUCAAAGCCUGGGAAAAAUGGAGGUCACAAAUUACUAAACUGGACUGCAGUCCAUUCUGGAUUCAGUGUGAUAAUCAACAAACUCGUGAGGGCUUAAGAAACUUGCUACAAGUUAUGCUGGGUAAUACUGAGAGUCUCUGUACAACUUCAUGUUACUGGAUUGAGUUGUAUAUUUCUCAUUUUCUAUACAUCAGGCCAUUUACGACCGGAAUAGAAAGCAUGUAUAAUUUGGCUCAGAAAUGCAUCCAAUUGAAACCACCGACUGGUACCCAUAGGUUGGCUGGACUUAUGAUUGGAAUUCUUGCAGAAAAUACAGAGGUGGUUUUAGCAGAAAUUUCCAGAGAAUUUGGUCCUUGGAUGGUCCUCACAUCCACAUUCUUCUGUCACCCAUCUACAAGAAUCAAAGCCCUUAUGCCGAACGUCGUCGUAUCUUGA